UGUCCACAAAGAGCCGCACAAACUCGGGCUUGUCACUCACCAGCGCGUCCAUCAUCACCUCCUCCAGGUCGCAGGACUGGGGCCGCCACGGGGCACGCCCAGGUGGGGGAGACGGGCAGAGUGAGUGCGAGCCAGGGCACCGGGAGCUCCCCGGCUCCUGCGCCCCAUCCUGACCCUCCGACCUGGCUCUGGACCACCGGGGGCCUUGAGUCCCUGGGCAUCGGGCAGACCCGUCCUCCCUGGGGGCCGCACGUGGGGAGCUCCCAGCAGGUUCCCUGGCCUCCCCGCCCCCCUCGGCCACGGUGGGCAGGAAGGGGCCCGCCGCUGGGCCUGGGAACACCCUCUGUCCCAGGCCCUCGACACGGUCCUCGCCCUGUGUCGGCCAGAAACGAGGCUCAGGAGGCAUCAGCUGGCCGGUGGGUGGGCACCUUCCACUCCACGUCCCCAUUGAAGAUCUCGCUUCUGGCGAUGUCCACGCGGUCCCAGGCCACGGCCAGCUUGAGCUCGUCCAGGUAGUCCUGUGCUUCCUGGCUGUGGCUCUUGCAGGCUGCAGGCAGAGUGGGCAGGAGGUGAGGGGCGAACCCCGGGGUCCACAGAGCCAGUGGGCACAGGGCCCCCCGCGAUGGUCUUCUGGAUACACAGCCCAGGAACCGCGGCCUGCUUCACACCCUCUUGAUAAUGGUGAGAGGCUCCCAAUGUUGUAAGACUCCCAGGAGCCGGUCCUGGGAGCCCUGGCAGAAACACCGGCCCCCGGGACCGGAAUGAGCCGGGGUGAGCAGAGCGGGAGGGAGCAGACGGCCUGUCUGGAGGAGCGUCCCCUCCCUCCAGGGCAUCCCAGCCCCAAACUGCCCCUCUGGGCCUGGGUCUGUGGCUUCCCCGAGGUCAGUCCCUUGGCACGGCUGGUCUCCAGUAUGAAAAGCAUAUCAAGUGACAGCCAGACAGUAGGACAGCCCAGGGUCGUCGAUUGAGGCACAGAGAGACACAAGGUGGUCCUUGUGCCCCAUGGAGGAUCCCUCAGCCUUAAGAGCAAUGAGGCACGUGCAUGUGCUGCGGUCUGGGCAAGCCUCAGACACACUGGGCUCAGAGACGGGAGCUGCAGGCCGCACUCCGUAGCCCCCUGAGAAGAAGGGCCCCGAACGGGCACAUCCGUCCAGGCAGACUGCACGCCGGUGGGCACCAGGGCCCAGGGAAACAGGGCAUGCCUGACGGCUGCCAGCCCGCUUCGGGGGCAGUGAAGAUGUUCCGGAAUUAGACCAUGAGGAUGGUUGACAACUUGCAAAUGGACUAAAAGCCCCUGGAUUGGACACUUUAAACAGUUUCUUAAAUUACAGUAAAACACAGCAGACAUCAAACCUGCCAAACACAGGACCCUUUACGGAUCUGCAUGUCACCUCUGUGUAAUUCCAGUAUUGUUACAUGUGCUGAUGGAAACAUGGGAGCUGGACCACACACGCACGCAUGCACGCACACACACACACAGGUGCCUGCACACGUGCUCCCACCGACGCAGGCACACACACUCAUGCACGCACAGGUGCACACAGGUACACACACGUGCUCCCAUGGACGCAGGCACACGCAUUCAUGCACACACAUGCAUGCAGGUACACGCACAUGUGCUCCCACAGACGCGGGUACACGCACUCAUGCACACACAGGUGCACACAGGUACACACACGUGCUCCCACCGAUGCAGGCACAUGCACUCAUGCACACGCAGGUGCACAUAGGUACACACACGUGAUCCCACCGACGCAGGCACAUGCACUCAUGCACACAGGUACACACGUGCUCCCACCGACGCAGGCACACGCACUCAUGCACACGCAGGUACACACACGUGCUCCCACCGACGCAGGCACACGCACUCAUGCACACACAGGUACACACACGUGCUCCCACCGAUGCGGGCACAUGCACUCAUGCACACGCAGGUGCAACACAGGUACACACGUGCUCCCACCGACGCAGGCACACGCACUCAUGCACACGCAGGUACACACACGUGCUCCCACCGACGCAGGCACACGCACUCAUGCACACACAGGUGUGCACAGGUACACAUGUGCUCCCACGGACGCAGGCACACGCACUCAUGCACACACAGGUACAAACAGGUACACACACGUGCUCCCACUGACGCAGGCACACACACUCAUGCACACACAGGUGCACACACGUGCUCCCACCGACGCGGGCACACACACUCAUGCACACACAGGUGCACACAGGUACACACACGUGCUCCCAUGGACGCAGGCACACGCACUCAUGCACACACAGGUACACACACGUGCUCCCACCGAUGCAGGCACACACACUCAUGCACACACAGGUGCACACAGGUGCACACAGGUACACACACGUGCUCCCAUGGACGCAGGCACAUGCACUCAUGCACACACAGGUGCACACACGUGCUCCCACCGACGCAGGUACACGCACUCAUGCACACAGGUACACAUGUGCUCCCACGGACGCAGGCACACACUCAUGCACACACAUGUGCACACAGGUACACGCACACGUGCUCCCACUGACGCAGGCACACACACUCAUGCACACACAGGUGCACCCAGGUACAUACGUGCUCCCAUGGACGCAGGCACACACACUCAUGCACACACACGUGCUCCCACGGAUGCAGGCACACACACUCAUGCACACACAGGUGCACACAGGUACACACGUGCUCCCACGGACGCAGGCACACGCACUCAUGCACACACACACACACACAGCAGGACGCCGUCCCAGGCCGACAUCCCACCUGGGCAGUGGCCUGCCCCACACCCAAGCCCCUGCAAGGUGAGAGCCAUGAUGGGACAGGGUGUGGGAAGCAGCCCCGUGCCGGCCACAGAGCCGGGGCCACAGGGAGCAGUGGCUGGCCUCCCCACUUCCAGCCGGGGCUCUCACCUUUCACCAGCGCCUUAAGGAUGACGGUGUCCAGCUCCUCAG